AUGAUUUUGGGGAAUUUGCCCCGGGCCAUCUCCAUCUCCAUCCCCCUGGUGACGUUCCUGUACGUGGCCGCCAACGUGGCGUACCUGGCGGCCAUGAGCCCCCAGGAGAUCCUGCAGAGCGACGCCGUGGCCGUGACUUUCGGGGAGAAGGUUCUGGGCCCCCUGGCCUGGGUGAUGCCGUUCGCCGUCGCUCUCUCCACCUUCGGCGGCGUCAACGGCUCCCUCUUCACCUGCUCCAGGCUGUUCUACGCGGGCGCGCGGGAGGGGCACCUGCCGGCGCUGCUGGCCAUGAUCCACCUGCGGCGCCACACGCCCGUCCCCGCCCUGCUCGUCACCUGCGUGUCCACGCUGCUGAUGCUGGUGACCGGCGACAUUUACACCCUGAUCAAUUACGUGGGGUUCGUUAAUUACCUCUGGUACGGCGUCACCGUGGCCGGGCUGCUGCUGCUGCGCUGGAGGGAGCCCGAGCUGCCCCGCCCCAUCAAGGUGAACCUGCUGUACCCCGUGGUUUAUCUGAUUUUCUGGGGGGCCCUGCUGCUCUUCUCGGCCUGGUCCGAGCCCCUGGUGUGCGGUAUCGGCCUGGCCAUCAUGGCCACCGGGGCCCCGGUGUACCUGCUGUGUGUCAGGGGGGGGCCCCGCCCUCCUGGGAUCCAGAGAGCCAUGGCCGCCGCGACGAAAUUCGGGCAGCGCCUCCUAUUGGUCGUUUACCCCGGAGGGGGCGUGGCCAGCGAUUGCCCCUCCCCCACCCAGGAGCCCCUCAAGCCCCACCCCUAAAAAAAAAAAAUUAAAAUAAUAAAAAUUUUAAAAAUUGGGGCGUGGUCCCUUUAAGAAAGCCACGCCCCUAAAAUGGGUGUGGCUUCUUUAAUUAAGCCACGCCCCCUAAAGGGGUGUGGCCUCUAAGCCACGCCCAUAAUGCGGUACAGUGCCUUUAAUUAAGCCACGCCCCCUAAAUGGGUGUGGCCUCUUUAAGCCACGCCCCUUAAGUGGGCGUGGCACCUUUAAGAAAGCUCCGCCCCCUGUGAUGACGUCAUUAGCGGAGCCGGCUCCGCCCAUUUUAGAUUUUUUUUGUGUUAAUUAAUGAGUUAAUUAAAGUUUUAAAAAGGGGGCGGGGCUGGGAAUAGAAA